GGGUUGCGCAGGCCCGGGACGCCCAUCUGUCCCUUACUAUUUGAGUCCUGGUUGUCUCAUUGGCGGCUUUCUGAGCAGCUGCAAAAUAUGUUUUUAACUUCAAGUGGAAGUUGGGGUCACCAGCGUCGGGCCUGGAACAGUCACUCUCAGCAAGUGCUCUUUCAGCUCUGACAUUCUCUAGUUUGACCGACUUGGCACCACAGUCGUCCGCCGGGUCGUCCUUCCUCGCGGCUCAUCUGCUCUGGUCGCCUCGCAACGGCAGCUCGGCGACAGCGGCCGGGACGGGAGCGAGAGGUGCUCGCGCGGGCUCAGGGGGCGGCGGCCUCGCCGCCCGCCCCGGACAACCAUGCUGCGAGGCAAGUCCCGGCUCAACGUGGAGUGGCUGGGCUACUCGCCCGGCCUGCUGCUCGAGCGCAGGCCGCUCUUGGCCGGCCGCACACCGCGGAGCCCCGGCCGAAGUGAAAGUUCGUUAGCAUCUACCCUGAAGACGCUGCUCUUCUUCACAGCUUUAAUGAUCACUGUACCUAUUGGCUUAUAUUUCACAACUAAAUCUUACAUUUUUGAAGGAGCCUUUGGGAUGUCCAAUAGGGACAGCUAUUUCUAUGCAGCUAUUGUUGCAGUGGUCGCCGUCCACGUGGUGCUGGCCCUCUUUGUUUAUGUGGCCUGGAAUGAAGGCUCACGACAGUGGCGUGAAGGAAAACAGGAUUAAAGUGAACAUCACCUUUUGAGAGCAUUAAGUUGGUUUUUAAAGAUGACAGAUCCAUCUGGGAUGCUGAUGAUUUCAAUAGAGUUGAAGAACCUCUAGAGUCAUCCUUGAGAGUCAUGUUUGACUAGUGUAAAUCUUGGUCCUUCUAAUGUAAUGGUUUGUAUCGUCAAUUUUAACUGUAUGAAUGAAGCCUCUCAUUUGCAAAUGAGAAUUUGGAAAAGUUGAAUUAGUUACCAAUAAGUAUGUUAAAUUAGUUACACGUUAUUCUGGGAAGAAUGUGUUUAUCUUAAAAAAUGUUUUAGAGCAUUUUGUCUUUUGGUUGGUUUUCAGUUUUAUUCCUCUUGAUAUAUUAAGAUGUACACAGUGAAGCAAAUCUCAACUUUAUUUUUCUCUGGAACACUUUCCCUAACUCUUGGAUACCAAGUCAUUGGAUUUUGGCUUGUAAAUUCCUGUGGGAAAUUGUUUAAAAUGUGGACCCUGGAAUUAAUCUGAAUGUCACUGAGAAAUUUUGCUUGAAGUGUAAUCCCUCGUCAAUAGGAAUCUUUCAUUACAUUGUUUCAUGGGAAAACUAGGCUGAAUUACACUCAUUCAUAUAAAAAGACUGGUUUGUUGAAGCAUCUAGAUAGCAAAGCAAAGAGCUAGCUGCCUGGGCACUUGGCCUGCUCCCUGAAGGCUCCUUGCAGGCUGGCCUUGUGCUUUCAGACCAACUCUUUAAUGAUCUGCUUUGCUCUGUCAUUCAACGAUGAAGUUAUGCUUUAAUUACAAGGCUUGUGUACACUCCCUUUAAAUUUGUUUUUUCCUACUUUUUUAGUAAUGUACAUGAUAGGAAUUUGCAUUUAAGUGUUCAUUUUUGCUUACUUAGGGAGUGUAAACAAUCCUGAAAAUAGCUUAUUUUUAUCACCCAGGAAGUAUUCUUGGGAUUUCUAGUCUAGUCUUUUUAAUCAGAGCCAUUAUAUCCCAGAUAUAUAUAAUUAGAUAAUCCUUGAGGUCCUUUUUGAUAGAAAAAGACCCUGUGAUUUUUAUUUAGUAUCCUUAGUCUGUGUUCUUUCCAGCCACUUGGUACUACUUCUGUGCAGUCUAAAAACACACCUGGAAAAAUAUAUAUUAAAACAGGAAGAAAAUUUAAAUUCCCUGUAAUGUUGCCACCUGGAGAUAACUACUGUUUUGGUUUACGUCCUGUGUGCAUUUCUUAAUGCUUGUUCAUAUAUGCACUAAAAGUUUAAUUUAUGUUCAAAUUCUGGCAACUUUACCUGACAGCUAUUUGCAUUUUUUCAGAUGGGUGAUUAUUGACCAUUUUCUACAAAAGCAUAUCCUACCUUCAUUCUUUUACCUAGAUAACUCAUUGAUCAGAUGUCCUGUUACUGAGAAUUCCUAAUGCAAAGGCCCUUGCUGUGUUUGCCAUUGCUCAUUUGUUUGUUCCCCCCUAUUUGUCAUGUUGUGGAACUGUGCUCAAGGAAUAGAGACAUGCUUGGGGAUGAAAAAGCCAAGUAGGCAUUCGUGUUUAUUUAAUUGUUGAGAAAAAGAUCAAAGAUGAUUAUCGCGGGGCUAUAUUUUACUCUUGUAUUACUUGUUGCCUACAGUUUAAGUGUCUUGUUUAAGCAGUUAUUCUAAAUGUAAAGUAUUUCUUUUAAAAAACCUACAGUUUUAGUUAAAAUUGUACAGAUUUAAUAUAAAAUUGUAGAAUACUCCAGUUUGAGUCUGGGGUACUGCGUGGUAGAUUUCUGGAUGAUCCCCUGCUUUAGAUGCCUUGUCAUACUUAGAAUUGUCCACCUAAUUUCUUUUUCUACAAUGCCAAGGUUUUUCUUGUACUUUUGGGAUCUUAUGCUAUUUGUAAACUAUUAGUAUCUGGUGUUAGAUUACUUUGUUUGAUUUUAGACAUUUGCUGAGUAGAUAAUAUGGGUAUUUUUCUGCAAGUAUUUAAACCAGGGAUUCAUGCGAAUCAGUUAUAAUUUCCUUUUGGAAAAAGUAUCCCGUGUUUGAAAGUUAGAAUCGGAUGCUAGGGUUGAGAUUUAGGAUUAUUACCAUAUAGGCUUGUUUGCAAACCAGUUAAUUUUUUCCUGGGGUUUUAACUGUUAACUCACCAGUUUGCUGCUGUUGAAAUAACAUACGAUAUCUCACAUAGAGAUUUAUUUUUCAAGGUGUCUCACUGGUCUCCUCUUGCACAAUGUCCAUACUUCAGGAUGUGUGGAAAGGAAAGCUACAAUGGAGCCCUUAUAGAUGUUUGAAGGUAGGAGUAUGUUUGCUAUUGUUUGGAAACUGGUUGUGAGAAUAACCUCAAUUAGGAAGUGUAACUUGAAGUGCCAGUACAAGCUACUGAGCUAACACAUUGCCUUCCUCACCUCACCUCUCAUUUUGCCCCCCAGAAUAUAAUCUUUCCCCCAUCGUGCUAAAAAAUGAGCAGGGUGCUGUAGAAUGCAUCUGAAGAAUGCAUCUGAUGUCAUUAGCUCUUCAUGUGGAUACCAUCUCACGUGUAACAGCAGAAUUCAGUUUUGAGUUGUUACUGAAGAAAUUUACUUUCCAUUAAAAAAAAUCUGUUUCAUGAGACUCUAACAGAACUACAUUGUAAUAAUUAGACUUUUCAUCAUAAAAGUCUCAUCAGUUGCCAAAAGAGGCACCUGGUUGCCUUGUUUGGUGUUUAUUUUCCAUUUUCAUAGAAAUUUUAUAUAUACAGCUAGAGUACCUGAGGAGGCCAGUACAAACAGUUCAAUAAGGCAUACCCAAAGGAGGACAAGCUGAGAGGAUGUGAAACACGAUUUCACUCCUGUUCUCAGUGUAUCUAGUGUGUAUUUCUUGUCUCUAGCCAAGUUCAGGUUUAUUUUAUUUAUGCUCAAGUGAAGUUGUAGACCGUUAGGCCCAUUUUAUAACUGGUUCAACUGCGGCGCGGAAUUUGUCCCUUGUCUUAGGACAGUAGCAGAUAUCUCUGCAGUCAAGGGCUCUGUGUCCUCCGCCAGAGUAGUACAACCUUAUUAAUUCAGACCCUCCUCUUAGGUUGACGCUACUUUUUGCAAGAGCUAGGCUGAAGCAGCAUAUUAAUGACUUGACAAGAUUUCUUUUUCCUUUUUUCAGGGGGAAGGGUCACCUGAGAACAAUUCUUUUCAGGGACCUGGAAACCUAAUGAUAAAUAUGACAUGUAAUCUAUGACUAGCUUAAUUCUUUAUGUAUUCAUUAAAACAGUCUGGAAUUCCUCAACUUACCUUCACACCUGGCCACGCUUUCCUUGCUUGUUUUGUUGCUACGUGUACUUGAAAGUAAUAUCUGUUCCUUUUAAGAUGUCCUAUAAGUCAUAUUUGUCAGUUACACAGACUAGUCUUCCUUUUUCACAAGUUCAGUGAAAUCUCACUGAACAGUAAUAAUAGCAAUAGCUAACAACAUCUGCACAGCACCUUACAGUUUGCAAAGAACGUUCACAUAUUCUCGUUUGAGUUUUGCAUAGUGAACCUGUUACGAGAUGUCUCUUGACAUUGAUGCUAAAAGUGGUAGAGUCUUUAAAUCACUAGAGUCAUUGGCUAUGCCAUAGUCGUGAAUAGUGCCCUGACUAGGCAGGGUUUAGAUGCGCCACGUUGAAAGCUGUGUGUAAUUAUCAAAAUGGGGGGCUUGAGUUCGUUAGCCACUUGAAUCUGAUUUACUUUUGUAAGUGAUGCUUUUCUAACUGUUAUCUGGAUGGAUUUUGUAUUCGUUAUAUUCUAGCCUGUAAUUUGUAUAAAUUUACAUCUGUUGUCAUUAAAAAAGUGUUUGUAAUGCCA